AUGGAUCAUCGCACUAGAGAACGCGACGAAGAGGCCAAGAAACGUCACGAGGAGGAGGAGGAGGAGGCCAAGAAGCGUCAUAUCCAGAGCCUCUGCGAUGCUUGCCGUGAGUUCCAGCGGAAUCAAGGCACACAGAAGCUGCAGACCACAAAGCAAUCCAAUAAUCCCCAGCAGUCCCCGAUCUCUGAGAGCACCGAUACCACAAUCUCGAAUGCCCAACAAUCCACAGAGGACUCUAGUCUCCAGGCGCAGGAGUUUCAGGGGGAUCAAUGCACACAGAAGCGACAGACCACAAAGCAAUUCAAUGAUUCCCAGCAGCCUCGAGAACCUCAUAGACCUCAGAUGCCUCAUCCUUCUGAGCGCGUUAUUAUCACAGCUCCUGUGAUUCAACGAUCCAGGGAGAGCUCUGCAGUCCAGACUCAAGAGGCCCAAAGGGAUCAAUGCGCACCGAAGCUACAGACCACAAAGAAGCCCGAUGAAGCCCACCAGCCCCAGACUUCCGAGAGCACUAGUACCACAACUCCUUCCACGGAAAGGGAAGGGAGGCUAGGCUACGAACACAUGAAAAAAUAUCCAUACAUCCAGCGUUUCACCUUCGAUCAACAAGGCAGCAGGCUCUGGGUCGUACGCAAGGUCUUCUCCGGGCCCAGGCGCUUUAUCGCAUUGGAGGCAGAUGUCUUAGGCCAGCCCAUCCCGGAACCAUAUCAAAGGGAGAUUUGUCUGGCCUGUAUCCAGCACCCCCAAUGUGACAGAAUCGACGACUUCGGUCUCAAGGCUCUCGACAUGUCCCGCCACGGGAAGAAGCUCGCGGUGAAGUGCGACUGGUCUCGUAUGCCCACUCAUCACAAGCCGGUCCCAGUGGGUCUACAGGGAUUGACCGGCACCUCCGGCUCAAACUGGAUCUGUGGGAUGGAAGCGCUGAAGACCGAGGAAAUCCUAGAUUUCGUGGUGCCGAUCCUAGGGGACGAUACUCCCCCCACAAUCCAUGUGCUGGCCAUGCAGCUGGCGGCCGAGCGGGCCUUAAACCCCCCUCCCCCUGCCGAUGACUCUAAGAAAGCGACUGCGGUCGUCACGGAGAAGGAGAUACCACUGGAAUCCAAGCAUCAAGUCCAACAACGCAAGAAGUUCCCUGCACUCCGUAACUUGGUUGCCGUGGGGGCCUGUCUGCUGCCGAUGUUCUGGUGGCAGCGCUACAAGAAGAGUCGGCAGCUCUGA